AUGACAAGCCAGGGAACAGGAGGAGAUAAUGACCCUUUGCCUGGGGCGUCAUCCAGGUGGUCCGAUGCGUCCGAGGACAAAACACAGACAACAGACCCCAAGGGAACACCUUUUGACUUCAAAUUCACGCCUUCUACCGUCAACUCGAACACGUCACCCAACCAGCAAGAUGGUGGCUUCGUCAAUAUAUUCGGGCCCAAAGUGGGCAAUAAUUUGCCCAAACAGCACGCUCCCACUGGUGGCGACUUCACCUUUUCCUUCUCCAAGCUCGACCUCUCCAGUACAUUAAAUGGGCAGGGCAAGGCAACCACCACAAAGUCUGGUGAGCCGUUGAGCUCCGUGUUGAAGCCAAACAACCCCCAGCAGCCUACUUUCUCUUUCGCGUUCGACAAGCAGCCGACGAAGUCAACAGGUGCAGCAUCAACUCCGAGACCCAAUCCCUUCGCAAAAUUGAAAGACUGGAAGCCACCCGGUCCCAUGGAUGAAGAAUUGGAGGAUUCUUUGGGGCGCAAGAUCCCCAAGAUGAGUGCUAAACAGGUGGCUCCCAAGGAGGCGAAAGUUGACCAGCCACCAAGCAACCGCACAAACGCCCGAGUGACACGGUCGUCGCAUUUCAUUGAUGAGGCAAUGGAAAUGGACGCCCGUGGCUCGAGGCGUGCUCCGACUGACUCUGACACGGCAACAUCAGAUUCAUCCGAUUCCGACGACGAGUCUGAUGACGAGGACUACGUAGAUGCCGCGUCCACCACCCCACAGGAAGAGUCAAGGGUUGUCGAGUCGCUCAGAUAUAAAUCGGAUCUCCUGAAACGGCCUGUAAAUGAAGAUGCUCUCAAUGAAAUCAGAUACUCUCCACUUUUCACCGAGCCUGUAUGGAAGUAUGCCAAAUCUCUCACUGCCGGGUCUCGGGAUCCAGCUUUCACACAAUACGCGCUAUUGGGGGCCAAUUCGAGUAUUGCAAGUGAUGAGCAAGACGACAAUGCCGGAAUUUUCUACAACGUUACGGCGCCGUCAAGUAUCUUCAUUUGUGGUAACCAGGGUUCGGGCAAGAGUCACACUUUGUCGUCCCUCCUCGAAAAUUGCCUCAUUCCAUCGAGCAAACUUGGCUCUCUGCCUCGGCCGCUGACAGGUAUCGUCUUUCACUAUGACACGUUCUUUUCAGAUCUCAGUGGAGCUCCGUGCGAGGCAGCCCAUUUGUCUUCGGAUCCAAGAGUCAAAGUGCGAAUUCUGUGUGCACCUACGAAUGUCCGAAUGAUGAAGAACGUCUAUGGUCGACUACCCAACGUGACUGUCGAGGAACUGAGACUGAAAGAGCAGGAUCUUAACACGAAACGAAUGCUCGAUCUGAUGGCUGUUGGUGCCGGAACAGUGCCGCUGUACAUUCACGUCAUACAACGAGUCCUCCGCGACCUACGCAUUGAGCAGCAAGCCACUGGCGGUGCAUUCAACUACAAGAAGUUCAAACAGAUAAUUGACCAGGAAGAUUUGACGAACCAGCAAAGGGUUCCGCUUGAUCAACGCCUUGAGACACUCGAAAGCUUCAUGGUCAAGAAACCGACCAAACACUCGCAAGCUGCUUCUCGAGGCACGGAUUGGACGCCAAAGAAGGGACAAUUGACCAUUGUUGAUCUAUCAUGUCCAUGUGUCACCGCUGAGAUGGCAUGUUCAUUAUUCAACAUUUGUCUCUCCCUCUUUUUGGAGCAAAAGAGCCCAUCUAUUGGCCGGGUUGCUGCUCUUGACGAGGCACACAAGUACAUGAGCGACUCACCAGAAGCCCAAACCUUGACUAACUCGCUCCUGUCUACGAUUCGCCUCCAACGCCACUUGGCUCUUCGGGUCAUCAUCUCAACACAGGAACCAUCAAUCUCUCCCAAGCUUCUUGACCUAUGCAGCAUCACUAUUGUUCACCGAUUCCAGUCGCCAGACUGGCUUUCGGUGCUCAAGGGGCACUUGGCUGGACUUUCUACGACCUCUCAAGUUCUCAUUCGAGACGAGCAGGCUAGAAAGGACAGUCACAAAGAUGGCGCCGCGGGUGGUAUUUCAUUUGAGGGUGCCAAGGGCAUUGCGAUUGCCCCACAAAAUCCAGCCCUCGAGAUGAUGUCCAAGAUUGUCAAACUUCGAACGGGAGAGGCUCUCAUUUUCGCUCCAAGCGCCUUUGUUGGUUUGGAGAAGAGUGGCACAGACCAAGAAGGGGCGGUCACUGUGACCCCAAGAAGACUGGAUCAUGAGGUUUUGCGUGUACGCAUUCGAGCCCGUAUUACUGCUGAUGGCGGUAGAAGUAUCAUGGCUGCUUGA